AUGUCGAAGGACGAGCUCACGUACGCCGGCACUCGCCUGCCAGUGGUCGCCAACCCGAUUGUUGAAGGAGAGAAACGUCAAAAUGGCCAUGCCCUCAACCACAGAGACCAGGAAUCGUUGCCAAUAGUUGGCGACUCGGUCGAGCAUCCGGAGUUCGAAAAGCACCAUUCAGCAUCUCCGGUGGAGUUGUUCUACGAUCUCUGGUUUGUAGCAAACUUGAGUGUUUUCACAUCGAUUCACAAUAUCUACAACAGCAAAUCAUGCACAUCAUUCAUUGGCUAUAUCGUCAUGCUAUGGACAACAUGGAACCUAACCACACUGCAUGACGUUCGCUUCUACUCCGACAGCAUCGUUGAGCGAUGUGCCAGGGCCAUGCACCUGGGUGUCAUGAUUGGCUUCGCCAUUAUCGGCACACAAUUCGACCCGGACCAUCAGGUCAAGGGCAUCUUCCAGGCAAUGUCCCUUUUCCUUGCCGUUUCACGCCUUGUCCUCGCCAUACAGUACACGCAAAUUUUGUUGCAAGUCCUUCGACAUCGUAAGGGAAAGUUGCCACUGCUAUGCACGGUACUAUUCCAUGUCGUGGCGGCUGCGAUAUAUUUUGGCAUCUCGUGGCGCUUUGACUCUAGCAGGAAGAGCCGCGUCUACGUGAUCUGGUACGCUCUGGGCCCUGUGGAGGUCGGAGUAAAUCUUGUGAUGUCCAAGUUUUCUAGGACAUUGAGCUUCACUGGAACUCAUCUGGCUGAGAGAUUCAACUUAUUGACCCUUAUCAUCCUCGGUGAAGGCGGUAUCCUACUUGCGAAGAACAUUACGUAUGUGGUGAAAGAUACGUACGGCAAGGAUGAUUACUUUGGCACAUGGAGCCCUCAGCUGAUUGGCAUCGUCACUGCAUCUACUGCUCUGAUUUAUCUACUGUUCCAAAUAUACUACGACUGGAUGCAUGACACGGAGAUGUCGAAACACCGCCAGGCGUUCUGGGCUGCUUUCCACCUUCCAGUCCAUGUAUCGUUAUUACUUCUGUUAGCAGGAUCGAGUCAAUUCAUUCUCUGGCAGCGGGCUCGAGAAUCGGCCGACUUAGCUGUAGUGAAACUCAGCAAUUGGAUUGUCGACUUUUCCAACUAUACUUCGAGCGAGAAAGUGGGAGACAAGGUCUCAGGCAUCGUCUAUACAUACUUGAGCAAAUACCCACCUGAGAAUGGCACCGAGACCCUCCCUUACGUUAACGGGAUUCUUGACUCCAUUUAUGAUAUGCCGGAUGCUAUUUGGUCUAACGACACGCUAUGGAGCGAUCUGGAUUUGAUAAACACAGAUCCUGAUGCGACACGUGUGACGGAGAAUUUUCAAGAACUGAUGUUUACGCUGGUUAAUGCUGUCUACGCCGGUCUGCAUGUCGAGCCUGCGGAGAUCAAAGAGAAUAAUAACUCCGGAAACGAUCAACAGGUCGUUACUGAUGCUCUGCACAAGGCAACUAGGAUUGUGUUCAUUUACGUCUUUGCCUGCGCCGGGCUCACAUUGUUCCUCAUGACAAUGUUGCAUAUCUUGACAAAGCGGCAUGGAUGGUCCAUGUUCAAUAUUCUGAGGACACUGGUUAUCACUGCUGUCGCUAUUAGCCUUGCGUUUGCAAGUAUUGCUGGGAGAAAGGGUCACGAGACAGAAUUUGUGGGCAGUCCAUGGAUGCUUCCGUCAAUAACCAUAUGUUAUUUCGGGGUCCUUGUUCUCACACAUAUUCCCCAUCCGCCUAUUUUGUUCUGGAAGCGAAAGUACGCGGGAUACAACAACGUUGAAAAGACGGGGCCACCUCCUGCCAAUAUGUCUAGUACGGUAUAUCCACCAUAUCAGCAUAAAUCCUUUACUUAUAUCUGCGAGCACCCAGAAGAAGGCACCCCAAGUCCUUUUAUAGCCAGGCUGCUGGACAGAAGUCUCAUUCAACCCCAUGCGGAUAACCAACUUCUUGUUCAGUGCCCCCAGUGCUUGGAUCGAUGUUCGGAGGAGGAAAGACACAACUCUGUUGCGGCAACUCUUGUUGUGGGAUCCGAAGGACCAAAGGAUACUAUGACCACCCUUGUGAUUUUCGCGAACUUGUGGUCCAAAUUUCGGAAGAAAGCCACGGAAGACCUUGUCGACCUAUUGCAGCAAUGUUCCGAGGCUCUAGGGAAGGUUUUUAGUUCAGACAACAGCCGAUAUCGCCGCGUACUGGGCACUAUCCGGGAUCAUUGCGGUCCUAUGCUGGCCUUAGACGUGGCACGCAUCGUCUCCGCUUCCAUGCUAGAUUACAGGUAUCCCCUAUGUACAGGGACGGCGAACCGCUGGAGCGCGUAUAGUACGGCCUCAUGUCUUUUUUGGGACCGCCUUCGCCAUAAAGGGCCGUCGGGGGAAAAGCUCCCUGUUGAUUUACAGCAUGUUACAGGUCAUAUGCUCGAGCAAGGGAUUGGAUAUGUUACGGAAGUACUUGGUCCGCCUCAGGAGAAGCAUUUACACGUAGACAUCCUUAAGGACUGGUGCAAAUUAGAUACGUCUUUGCGUGAAGAGGAUCUUUACAAGCUGCAACGCCUGAUGCGCGGCGUCGCCAGUGCCGGCAGGGGAUUCAAGAUUCAACUUCACCAGCUUUCAAGGAGGAAAUCUUGGAUUGUCUCGGUACAGAAAGAGCUAGAUGAACUCGCCUUGGAAGUUGCAUUUCUUAACUUAACUGCCACCAAACUCAUGGCGCUUGAUGUGGAGAAACGCAAGCAGUGGACUCAAUGGCGGGAGUUGACUGCAUCGUUGGACGAGCGCAUUGACGCCGUGUUACAAAACAAGGUUCGUCAUGAUCCGGCUGGUUUUAUUUAG